AUGCAGUUCUACUCCUGGGCGUCGAGCCUGCUCUGGUUCAUAAACUUUCUAUGGUUCCUUGAUUUAGCAGGGCCAGCAACGUAUCCGUUUUACGGGACCUGGGUAGCCUAUUUGGCAGGUGAAGGCUUACUUCUCCAGGUGUCCCUAAAAAUACAUCUUCCACGCAUAGACACAGAAGUCUUACUGGUAGCUUGUCGGUUUGCUUUGCUUGUGACGCUUGUCCUAGCAGCUCUGCGCUCUCAUUUUGUGCCGACAGAAGAAAAACAGCCAGAUGAAGAAGCUACGCCCUUAUUAUCAGCCCAGGAGGUUACACAACAAGAUUCACAAUCUACUCGUCCAUCGUACGGCUCUUGCUAUUCACGGGCUGAUGAAUCAGCCCAGCCCGAUGUCGAUAUAUCAGCUAAAUCUAAAAGCCAGAACGGAGACAGCACUGAGGACAGUCUAACGAAUGAAGAAGAUGAAAGGACUUUUUGGCAUAUUGUGGAGUUUCUUAGGUCCUUUUUACCGUUCUUCUGGCCCUCGGGGAAGCCUGCCUACCAGCUUCUCUAUCUAGGCAUUGGAGGAUGCUUAGUGGUCGAGCGUAUCAUGAACGUAAUCAUUCCGUUACAACUUGGAUUGAUAACGAAUCUUCUAACAAAGUCCGAUGGGUCGAUCCCUUGGAAAGAAAUAACAGUCUUCAUUGGCCUACGUUUACUCCAUUCUAGCGGUGGCUUAUCAGCCCUGAGGUCCUUUAUGUGGAUGCCACUCGAGGAUCUUUCGUACCAAAAAGUUAGCACGACAGCUUUCAAUCAUAUUAUGUCCCUAUCAUGCGACUUUCAUGACAGCAAAGUAUCUGGCGCGGUAUGGGAAACCAUUGUGCGUGCCCAGCAGGUUAAAGAUGCAGUCAACCACAUUUGCUUCAUCCUCAUUCCGACCAUAGUCGAUCUGGCAUUGGCUGUCAGUAUUCUUUACUAUCUUUUUGAUGUCUAUAUGGCAUUGAUAACGGCAACGGUUACUGUGAUGUUUUUAUGGACAUCUGGCAAAAUAAUCGACCGACAGAAGAAUAAACAAAGGGACUGGAUUGAUAAGCGAAUGAAGGAAUUUUCGAUUCUUUGUGAGUCAACCGCUAACUGGAAGACCGUUGCAUAUUUCAAUCGCGUGCCAUAUGAGGAACUUCGAUAUCGUUCAUCUGUUAAAGACCACUUGAAGUCACGGGUGGGCUUCAGGCUUUGGAGCGGCAUUGAAAAUAGUAUUCAGUCACUUGUCCUUUUGUCGGGGCUUAUGGCGGCUUGUUUUAUCGCCGCCUAUGGAGUGGCAACGGGUUCAAAACCCAUUGGAAGCUUCGUAAUGAUGCUCAGCUAUUGGGCCCAGCUAUCUAAUCCCCUCCAGUCACUUGCCAAUGGAUUUGCAGGUAUUGUCCGAGAUAUGGUUGAUGCAGAAGAGCUGCUUGUUCUGUUGCAGCAGAAGCCUACUGUCUCUGAUAUUCCCGGUGCUAAGCCCCUGGUUUUCGACGACGGUAAUAUCGAGUUUGAUGGAGUCAGAUUCUCCUAUGAUGGCAAGAGAGAAGUCUUGAAGAAUGUUACGUUCCGGGCCCCUGCUGGAAAAAUUACCGCAAUUGUUGGAAAAACCGGAGGAGGGAAAUCGACUAUCUUAAAGUUGCUUUGCCGAUUCUAUGAUCCUGUCGCAGGGGUUAUCAACAUUGACGGGCAAAACACUUCAAAGGUUGCUCUUAGUAGCCUGCGGGAAGUUUUGGGCGUUGUUCCCCAGGAUCCUGUAUUAUUCCAUGAUUCAAUCAUGGCUAAUAUUCGCUAUGCCAGUCUUGGUGCCGCUGACGAGGAGAUUGUAGAAGCCUGUAAAGCUGUCGCCCUUCAUGAAAAAAUCAUGAGCUUCCCUCAUGGAUAUGACACUGUGGUUGGAGAACGUGGCAUGAAAUUAUCCGGCGGAGAAUUACAGCGCGUCGCCAUCGCACGAGCCAUGAUUAAGAAUCCGAAAAUAGUGCUCCUGGACGAGGCUACCAGCAGUGUGGAUAGCGAGACAGAAGCCCAUGUACAGAGGAGCCUGAAGAUGCUCUGUGCGGGUCGGACCACGAUUGUUAUUGCACAUCGACUUUCCACCAUCAUGAAUGCUGAUCAGAUAUUGGUAGUCAACGACGGUGAAAUUGUUGAAAGAGGAACUCAUCCCGAGCUUUUGGAGAACAGGAGCUACUACCACCGCUUGUGCAGCUGGCAAGGGUUCACCACUGAAGGACCGAAGGACAAGCAGUCUCAAGUUAUUAUUAACGAUAUAAAUCCUCUAGAGGCGACAAUGGAGAAUAGCGCGCUGCCGAUGCGACUGCAGGAUCCUGCUGGCAAUAACUCUGCCCAAAUUUCUAACGCCGAACGUCCGGGCAUAGCAUAUUACGCUGCAGAAUCCGAAAUACCGCCACAGGAUCUGAUUGACCAAGAUGAAUUGUGUGAACGUUGUGGUAACUGCUUGAAUAUAAUUUCGUCUGCAAUGGAGACGUCGAAAAGAAUGGCCCACCCUAGCAGGAUUCUGAAGCCGGAAGCCCCUGAAUUCGUCCCUCGAGCGUUUCAAAAUUAUGUUUCAGGGCCCUUGCACCCUUACUAUAUUCAAGUCGACGCGAAUCGCAGCGCUUCUAACCAACGUUAUACUGACCAUCCGCCUAGUGGUUACGCAAGCGAUACUGGAGAAAGUGUAGAGAUAUGCACCGGCUAUGAGGAGAAUAAGCCUUCUGAACCAAAACGAAAAAUUGACGAUGGUCACAUGCCCACAUGUCCUCCCCUCAAUGAUAUGCCGGGCAACGGUGUUAAAUUGAUCGCAAUAUCUUCUAGAGAACGAUUCCCAGUAGGAAAUGAACAGCACCAUAGCGUUAUUGAAGAGGUCUUGGGGGCCAUAGGAAACCAUGCAAAGAAAAAUAUUAUCCGUCGAGAACUGUCAAAGAGUGAACCGGCAGGCCUUAUGAUUGGUAUGAAUGGAGACUCUGGAGAUGUGGACAGAGGAUUGGAGAGCUCCCCAGUUUCCCGCCAUGACAUUCCUAUUAGCCAGGAACCUGCGGCCAAAACCAACGAGAUCCCUCUUAGGAAACACCGCCGCCGCCGUCGUCGAAAUAAUUGGCGGAGAAGAAAGGAAAUGAGAACAACUGCGAGUACCCAGUCUGGCACGGAUGGCAUGCGGUCUUCGGAUCAAAUGGAUGCAAAAUGUGCCAUAUAAACUGUCUCGAUACUGGAACGAGAAUGAAGUCGGUUGCCGAUCAGCACCUAGAACCCCGUCAGCUCCGCUGUAGAAUUUCCCUUCCCGAAAAUCACGCUCUAUUACGAUCGUAUGAAACAAAUUUGGGAUCUACCUCGACAAGCUGCUUUCUUGAAACACUAUUCCCUAAAACUUUGAAUUAAGUGGUAAGCGAUAUCUUCAUUGACAUUAAUUUAUGGUAGUAUAUGUAGCUUCCAGAC